AUUUAUGUCAUUAAAUGAAGAAAAAGAAUUAUGCGAUUCGGCAUUUUUAGUAGUUUAUGAGCAAUAUAGAAAAAGAAUUUUAGGGGAUAAUAGCAUUGAAACUAUUUUUGUAAGACAUGUUAUGAAUAAUUUGCUUAAAGGAUUAAAUGAUGAUUUGAUGACAUUGAAAACAUAUAAGCAAGAAGGUCCAUAUGAUGGUAAUAUGAAAGAAAUAGUAACAAACACUGAAGCUGAGGGACCUUUAGCUCCUUUUGUAGUUUAUGUGGUUGAUGACGAUAAUGUUGUUAAUGCUUUUUCAUUUGGUGCGGCAAGGAAGAUUCUUAUUUUCACUGGUAUGCUAAAAGCAAUUGAUUACGAUGAAGAAUUUCUUUCAGUGAUUAUGUCUCAUGAAAUAGGACAUAUCUUACAAAGACAUUCAAGUGAAACACUUGGAUUUAAUCAAGUGAUGUAUAUUUUAACAGAUACACUUCGUACUUUAUUAUGGUAUCCAUUUUUGGCUGCAUUAGGUCCCUUUAUUAAUGAGUACAUAAAUGUCAUAACGCAAAAAUUAAUAGCAGCAUAUGGAGCUGGAAGAUACAAUCAAAAAGAAGAAAAAGAAGCAGAUUUUGUAGGUUUACAAUUAAUGGCUUUAUCGGGUUAUCAUCCAGCAAGAGCCAUAGAGCUAUGGUCUCACUUAGCAAUUAAUAAAGACCAAGUGGUCGAAGAAGAUUUACCCGAAUUUUAUCUUUCACAUCCGAGCGAAUAUGCUAGAGCACAAUAUCUAUCUGAAGUGUUACCUGAUGCUUAUAAAAUUUAUGAGGAUGUAAUUAAAAAUGAAGGAAAAGCUUUACCUUUUAAUUUUAAUAGAGUUACAGUGAAACCUGAUGAGACUACUGUUCAAACUAGACGAUGGUUUACAUGGAAAAUUUUUUGA